AUGGCAUCCGAAGGAAUCACUGAGAUCGACUCUGGUUUGAUUGAAUCAAACUACGACAAUGUUGUUUACAAGUUCGACGACUUGAACUUGAAACCAAAUAUUGUUAGAGGUAUUUUCGGUUACGGUUACGAAACCCCAUCUGCUAUUCAACAAAGAGCUAUCUUGCCAAUCACUGAAGGUAGAGAUGUCUUGGCUCAAGCUCAAUCUGGUACCGGUAAGACUGCCACCUUCACCAUCUCAGCUUUGCAAAGAAUUGACGAAAACGAAAAGUCAACCCAAGCUUUGAUUUUGGCUCCUACCAGAGAAUUGGCUUUGCAAAUCAAGAACGUUAUCACUUCCAUUGGUUUGUACUUGAACGUUACCGUUCACGCCUCAAUUGGUGGUACUUCAAUGAGCGAUGAUAUUGAAGCUUUCAAAUCUGGUGUCCAAAUUGUUGUUGGUACUCCAGAUGUUCAUCUUGAUGAAGCCGAUGAGAUGUUGUCAUCUGGAUUCAAGGAACAAAUCUACAACAUUUUCAGAUUAUUGCCUGAAACCACCCAAGUUGUCUUGUUGUCUGCCACCAUGCCACAAGAUGUUCUUGAGGUCACCACCAAGUUCAUGAACAACCCAGUCAGAAUCUUGGUUAAGAAGGACGAGUUGACCUUGGAAGGUAUUAAACAAUACUUUAUCAAUGUCGAAGUUGAAGACUACAAGUUCGACUGUUUGGUUGAUUUGUACGACUCCAUCUCAGUUACACAAGCUGUUAUCUUCUGUAACACCAGAUCCAAGGUUGAGUUCUUGACCAACAAAUUGAGAGAACAAAAAUUCACCGUCUCAGCCAUCCACGCUGACUUGCCACAAGGUGAGAGAGACACCAUCAUGAAAGAAUUCAGAUCUGGUUCAUCAAGAAUUCUUAUCUCCACCGAUUUGUUGGCUAGAGGUAUCGAUGUCCAACAAGUCUCCUUGGUUAUCAACUACGACUUGCCAGCAAACAAGGAAAACUACAUCCACAGAAUUGGUAGAGGUGGUCGUUUCGGUAGAAAGGGUGUUGCUAUCAACUUUGUCACUGACAAGGAUGUUGGUAUGAUGAGAGAAAUUGAAAAGUUCUACUCUACUCAAAUCACUGAGAUGCCAGCUGACAUUGGUUCAUUGUUUGCUUAA